CUGGUGAUAAGUCAGACCGUUCCAAACGAGUCCAUUUCCUCGCAUGUUCUCGAUACCGUUUCUGGAGAGCCGGCUGAGGGAGUGGCUAUCACAGCCUACAUCAAAGAAAAUUCUAAAUGGAAACAAAUAGGCAAGACACAGACCGGCAAGAAUGGACGAGUUCCGUGGGUCUCGCCAAAUUUUGCUCUUCGAAAAGGCAUUUACAAGCUAGCAUUCGGUAUUGAAAAGUACUACAAAAAGAAGAACAUGGAAAGCUUUUUCCCAUAUGUGGAGGUAGUCUUCAAAGUGGACGAUAUUUCACGACACUAUCAUAUUCCACUCACAUUGAGCCCCUUCGCCUAUUCAACUUAUAGAGGAUCUUAG